AUGUCCUUUGCCAUGCUGCGCUCGGCCCCCAGCCGGUACCUGUACCCCGAGAUCAGCAUGCUGUCCGAGGACGAGGAGAACGGCAGCGAGAGCUCCGGCUCCGACGAGAAGCCCUACCACCUGGACGCCGACGGCUACGGCAUCAAGGCCAGCAAGCGCAGGAGCGGCAAGAAACCCAACCGGAUCAACAGGGAGCCCCGGCAGCGUCACACGGCCAACGCGCGGGAGCGUGACCGCACCAACAGCGUCAACACCGCCUUCACCGCCCUCCGCACGCUCAUCCCCACCGAGCCGGCCGACAGAAAGCUCUCCAAGAUCGAGACCUUGAGACUGGCCUCCAGCUACAUCUCCCACCUGGGGAACGUGCUGCUGGUGGGGGAGGCGUGCGGGGACGGGCAGCCCUGCCACACCACCCCUGCCUUCUACCACCACGGCGGCAGCAGCCCCCCCGCGCGCGACACCGAGAACUCCCAGCCCAAACAGAUCUGCACUUUCUGCCUCAGCAACCAGAGGAAGCUGAGUAAAGACCGAGACAGGAAGACGGCGAUUCGGAGCUAG